GUCAGUUCUCGUUUUGAUUAGUUACAGCCUUAUAGAAUCAUUCCCUCACUAGGAGGACGCAAGACGCGAUGCUUUGCCAAGUAAACAUAUUUGCAUCCAAAACUGAAGUCGUUAUAAACUAAAUAUGCAACAAUAGAAAAACAGAAGAGUUUGGUUUAACUGACAUAAAACAUCCACAAGUAUUCGUGGUUUAUCCCAAAACAGCGUUUGGAAUGAAUUUAGAGCCACCUGGCGCUGAAGGAAUAAAACUGUAGCCAGUUUUUAAAUAAACCGCGACUGACGCGUAAAGACUAUAUUCAUAAUAUCUCGAUAAAAUAACUCUUUCCCACGUGUCACAUUCUCACCCAUAUAAGAAACGCCACAACCAUCUAAUCGCCUCGUUUGAUUACUUCUUCUCAGUUGAUCUGUGACGUAAUUUUCUCGCGACCUCGGCAGUGGUCGGCAGCCUUAAGAAGUUUUAUGUUAUAUUCAGAGCAUGAUCAUAUCUGUAUGAUCAUUUAUUUCAUUGUCGUUGCUCAUUACUAAGUAGUUCAUACAUAAAAAACGUAUAGAUUUUAAAUAUUUUUCUUUAACCUAAUUGGCUCCUCAUAGUAAGAUCUGCAAAUCAUUUGGAUCUACGUGAGCCCGCUGCUAUGCCUAACGCUUGCCCAUCCAUGUCUUGUUGAAACUAGUAUGACGCAAAGGAAAGCGACGGGAAGAUGGCGGCGCCCACAAAGUGCGUGUUUUCCUUUUUCUUCGUGUAAUUCAUUUUAUUUAUCACUAAAUGGAUACUAGGGUAAAUAUGCCGGACGAGGAAAGCUUUGGAAUAGAAGUGAUUAUUCAGGAAGGAGACAAGAAGGCACCGUCAUGCCCUCAUGGUCCCACAUUGCUGUUUGAGAAGGUGUGUCCUGGAGAACCGGCCGGCAGGAGGUUUUAUGCCUGCUCCGCUUGCAGAGACAGGAAGGACUGUAACUUUUUUCAGUGGGAGGACGAUAAGGUAUCCGAAGACAGGCGUUUGGCCAGGGAAGCGGAGAACAGACGUAAGCUGCCUGAGUUUACGCAUCAGGAAUACUGUGCCAGGUUUCUAGAGUUUGUCUCCCUGCCCUUGGAGCAGAAGAGAUUCUGUCAGGACUGCCAUUUGCUGCUGCUUCCCCCGGAGUGGACUGCGCAUUCCUCUCACAGGGCGCUUUCUGAUGACAUCACAGUGGCCCGCUUAAGACGACCCAGCCUGCUGCUCCGCCCGCUGGAAAACAAGAAGAGCAACGCACAGUUCCUGUUUGCCGAUCGCAGCUGCCACUUCCUCCUGGACCUGCUGGCCGGGCUGGGAUUCCGGAAGGUUCUGUGUGUUGGGACGCCCCGGCUCCAUGAGCUGAUCAAGAUAAGGAACCUGGAGGGGAAGGAGGCACCAGUAAGGAGCCUCCUGCUGGACAUCGACUUCAGGUAUGCGCAAUUUUACAGCGAAGAUGAGUUUUGUCAUUAUAACAUGUUCAACCACCAUUUCUUCAAUGGGAAGACAGCCAGAGGUGUAUUGAAUGCCUUUCUGCGUGAGGUGGGCGGAGCCAAGGUCGUCAUGGUGACGGACCCUCCAUUUGGAGGUCUGGUUAAGCCGCUCGCUCACAGUUUCUCCCAGAUCUUUGAUGCCUGGAAAGCACUGAAUCCCUCAGGGAAUGCCGAAGGGGAGAUGCCCAUGUUUUGGAUAUUCCCGUACUUCUUUGAGUCCCGCAUUCUGGAAUGUUUCCCCACAUUCUCCAUGCUGGAUUAUCAGGUGGACUAUGACAAUCACCCCCUUUACAAGCAUGGGAAGACGGGCCGGAAGCAGUCUCCCGUCCGCCUCUUCACCAACCUGCCCCCCCGUGACGUCGUCCUGCCAGAGCAGGAGGGAUACAGGUUCUGUGCCGUCUGUGAGCGCUACGUUUCCCCCGGCAACAAGCACUGCCCCGCCUGUGACGCCUGCACAUCCAAGGAUGGCCGCGAGUGGAGGCACUGCGAGCUGUGUAGCAAGUGCGUAAAACCAACAUGGCUGCACUGUCCCGCCUGCCAGCGCUGCACCCUCCCAGCCCACCCCUGCGGCGGGAGCGAGGUCCAGCCCGGCUGCUUCGCGUGUGGCAGCCCUGGACACAAACGCCGGGCCUGUCCGUGCGGCUCGAGGGCGCGAGGCGCUCGGGGGAGGAGUGAGCCCCCAGCCAAGAAGAGGGGCGGCACCGGCCCGCGGUCGGCCAGCAGGAAGAAGGCAUCCGCCCACGGCCCGAACAAAGCCAAAGUCACAUGACCCUAUCCUGCCAUGCGUCACGUGACCUGCGUGCCUUUACUUGUGCAUCAAAGAGGAAUUGGCUGCAAUGGCGGCGUACCUCAGCAGUGAAAACGCAGCUGUACCAAGUGCCUUUACUGGGAAAUGGUGCCUUCAGUCAGGGGAAAAUCUUCAUUCUUAUCGCGGGGGGGUGGUGGAAUUACAUACGUGUCUUGUUUGGGGGCACUAGCCAAAUUAAACAAUGGCAAUGCUAAUCAAGCUAACUAGCAUCAAGGGCUGAGUGGUGGGCGUGGCACUGCUUCGCAUUAGCCUGUUUUAGCUUGGUCCAGGAGCAGAAUGGAUAACACUGGGAGGAGCAGACAGGCGUCCAGGCCAGCCAGAGAUUUAGGUGACGCUGAGUAAUUAACACGCAGGUUGGCAGGGAGCUGAAUCAGUCGACUGGUUUGUGUGGCCUGCUGGGUGUCGUUGCAAUACCUCCCAGAAUCCACCAGGGGGCGAGUUUCACUCACGCACAGCUCAGUCAUUAUAUUAACCAUACAUUUACUGCUAGGAUGCUCGUGUGGAAAUUCAUCCUGGGGUCUGUUUUUUAAAAGGCAUCUGUAGAUUUUUGACCCCUGUAGCAUCAAAAAAAGCCAUUCGGAUGCCUUUUACUGUCCAUACUAUCAAUACCUUGAUAUUGAACUGUGCUAACUAGUAUAACCAGUUGGUCCGCUGCUGUGAUGUUCACUUUAUUUUUACCAACUUGAGCAGGGCAUGCAGGUUGCGUUUUCAGCGCUUUGGUCCUCCAAUGUCCAUUAUCAUUGUCUUUUGCUUAAUAAUAUAUUUUAGUGUAGGAGAUUUGAAGAAAGGUAUGUAAAUAAGUGUUAUCAGACACGGGCUAGAGGGAUCCAACAGUGUUUCCAACCAAGUCGGCCCUAAAAUGACUCACAUGAGUUUCUGGAGAAAAAGUCUCCCCAAAUUGCGUCAAGCCCUCGCUGACCUUCUGUGAGAAGGACCACAGCUCUCAAGGUCAUAGCACUGUCGGAAGCUGUGUAUGGGCCAGGAACUUUCUGGAACCAAAACGAGAAGUCUAGUUUUAUGCAGAUGAGCAUGAGUUUUAACGAGCAUGGUUGCUAUCAGAUGUUUUUAGCUGGAUCUCUGUAGCGUGCAUGGAAUUAUGUUUGUGUACAUAACCAUCUUGUUGAAAGAACCUCUCCCAUUUCCUGAGUCAUGUCAGCUCUUGUUCUGUGGCACUGUUCACGCAGUUAUGUGUCAGUCACUUUACCACAUGUACAGGGUGCUGGGUGGUGAGCGAUGUCACCUGUUUACUGGAGGCUGCGUGUGACUCGGGUGAUGAUGUCAAACUGGCGGCUCCGUCUCUCGUUUUAAAUAAACUCAGGCCUCUUCCAUUUGUCUGCA